AUGAGUGGCGGUUGGGAGGAAUUUCGUGCGAAGUCGGGAGUGGUGCAGCGCAGCGCAGGCGAGCGGCGGGCCGAUGGGGUGGGGGGGGAAGAGGGGGCGUCCGCGCUGUCUGCCGCCGCGGUGGAGGAGCACCCCUUCUCUGUGCCAGAGCGGCGCCGUUCUCACUCGGUGCCAUUCAUCCUCGUUGAAAUGAACGGCUGCUGGUCGCUCUUUUAGGCCGCUGCCCCAUCAGCCGGGAGCCGAGAAAUCCGCGCGUUAUCGCCCCUGUUUGCCUCGGAUUAGAGCAGUGAGAGCCGGCGGAGGAACCUGUGGCGGCGGGGAUCACAACGUGGACCAUUUGUGAUUGCAUCGGUAAACACAAAGGGAUAAACCGUCUCAUCUGAUCCCCAGGGAUUGAAUUAUCUGUCGGUACCAUCUCGGCAGCCGGAUUCUGCCCCUGGACAUUUGCUAAUCUUGCAUUUUUGUUAUUGGAAAUAACGUUUCACCCGAUCUCCCGGCAAGAGCUUGGGUUUUAAUUAGUCGUGCAAAAAUGAGGAAGAUACUAAGUUUUACAAAGAAGAAGAAGAAAUUAUCGACCAAUGCUAGUGACACUUCAAGUGAAACGCUUGCAGGUUAUGAAUUGAAAGAAAAAGAUUUGGGAAAGCUGCAUAAAGCUGCUUCUACUGGGGAUUUGUCUAAACUUCGGCAGCUGAUUAAGAAAAAUAAUGUUAAUCAACUUGAUAAGCAAAACAGAGCACCAUUGCACCUUGCAUGUGCACGUGGACAUGCAGAUGUAGUUGCUUUGCUUGUUGAAAACAAGUCAAAACUGAACAUUUGUGACAAUGAAAACCGCUCUCCUUUGAUGAAGGCAGUGCAGUGCGAACAGGAGCGCUGUGCAGUUAUCUUACUGGGCCAUGAUGCUGAUCCUAACCUGGUGGACAUUAAUGGAUAUACUGCUCUGCACCUUGCUGUCCUGAUCCCUAACAUCUCUUUGGUGAUGCAUUUGCUGGAGCAUGGAGCGCACAUAAAUGCUCAAGAUAAGGAUGGUUGUACUCCUUUGCUGUUGGCAGUUACUGCGAAACAUCAAGAAGUGGCAGAAUUUAUUCUUAAAAAGGGUGCUGAUGUGAAUGCCAAAAACAAAACUGGGAGAACUGCCCUGAUGAUUGCUGCGAGUAAUGGACAAAUUAACUUGGUUAAGCUACUUUUACGUUAUGGUAUAGAUGCUUCUUUAAAAGAGAAUAACGGAUGGACAGCUGAGGAUCAUGCACUUAUGAAUGGACACCAUGCUUGUUCUCAUCUAAUCAUUGAGCAUAAUACAAAAAAGAGACAUCAAUCACCACAUCUUGGACCCAGAAUGAUGAAAGGGAUGCCCAGUAGUCCAGAUCAUGCUGCUAAAGUAAGCUUUGGAUUUGGAGGACCAGCCAUAGACAAAGAGAAAUAUCAGGAGUCUCCUGAUCUGGAUUCAAGAACAAGAGGUUCUGAAAAAGUGAUAGAUGAUCUUUCUCAGAUAGAGUCUUUCAGUGGGGAGUCAAAGAGUGCUGGUGAUUCCUGGCUGUCUUCAAAUGAAGAAGAUGAUAUAGAGUGUACCUCCAAGGUACCACAGAAGUUUAAUUUGACCAAGUUGAUAAAUUCUUCACAGCAAAACAAGGAAAGCAUAAAUGAAGAGGCCAUCUUUCGCAAAGCCCAGCUCAUGGGCAAUUUGCAGCCAGUUGAAUCAGAUACAGAUAGAGUGGAAGAGUUAGAAAACGAUUGUCAAAAUGAAGAAGAAGUAAACGAGAAUAAUGGUUCGCCAACCCACCUAUCACUCCAGUCCAGGAAUUGUUCUCCUAAAACCGUUGGCCGUUCAUUCAGCUUUCCUGUAGAAAAUCAUUUAAACUCUACACCAUUGAAAGGCAACAGAGAGGGCAUGUCCUUGGAAGAGGAGGAGGCCCAGCCUUUAAAAGCAUGUUCAAGAACGGAAGCAAUAGAACCUGUUAAUUUUAGUGAACCUUCCGCAUAUGCAAUUCAAGUGCAAGAGGUUUCACCUAAGAAAACCAGAAGAGACCUACUGUUGGAACUGGGGUUGGAGGAGGCAGAAGAUGAAGAGAAUACAGAAUCUCUUAAGGAUUCUGAGUCUGUCUCAGAUGGCUCAUGGAACAAAUCCAUUGAUUUAUUUGUUUCAUCUGGUGUCCUGAGCCAAAGGGAUAUGAAGAACCAGGAUGAAGUAGAAUCAAUGAAAGUGAAUACCACAUCACAGCCACCAUUAUCAAAAUUCACAGAAGAUAAGCGGACUUCAGAGGUCUUAACUAAAGCACGUGAUAGUGAAGAUGACUCAGACUGGGACUCUGAAAGUGCUUCUAUUAAAAAUGAAUCAGCUGCUGAAUUUAAUUCUACGCCAUGUGAAAAUCAAAUUAGAAAAAUUGGCAAAUUGGCUCUCCAGUCACCAAAUGAAGAAUUGUCCAAUACAAACUUCCUAAUAAACAAACCAAAAUCAGAAUCUGAGACUGCUUGUGUCUUCAAAUCACUGCAGUCUGAAGGCUCAGCUGAUUCAAUGAAAACUAGGUUGUCUUCAUAUUCUUCGACGCAAAAUCAAGUUGCUCCUGAACUUCAGCUUGGAAAUUAUAUAAAUGCCGGAAGGAACCAAGAAAAUGUUUGUAAAUGGCAGAUGUCUCCAACUGAGAAUGGAGAUAAUGAAAAAGGAAAGAAUUAUGAACAGGAAAAUGAGAUUACAGUAGCAAAAGUAAAGCAAAUGCUGCAACAAAAUAAUGAAGUAGAAUUGAAAUUGGGAAAGGGAGAUAGUUCCACACAGUUGCAGCCCAGUUUAAUGACAAGUGUGCAUAAGGAGACACCAGCAGAAACCUUCCUUAAUAAAGACAGAACAGGAAGUUCUCAUUUUAAAGGGAAUAACUUGGGCUCAAAUGAGGAGAAUUAUGAAAAUCAUCAACAUAAUCAGACAAAGCAAGCUGAUCAAGAGUUGAAAAGCAUUGAAUUGAAAAACAUUGAGAGGCUGCUCAGACUACAGCAAGUGUCUGCAAUGAAUGCCUUAUCUGCCUUUGAUGAUAGUACUGCAAGUGAAAUGUCCCAAGAUGAAGAGAGAGCUUGCAAAGCAUCUUCAAGUAAAACGUUCACAAAACCAGUUAAUAUUUCUGAUGACCUGAAUGAUCUCACAGAGUCAUCUGAUACUGCUGCAGGUGGCUCAGAGUCUUCUGAACCUGUGCACAGGAAUACUGCGCAGUUAAUUGCACAACUUGAUGCAGAGACAGUAGACUCAGUAAGUUUACUGAAAAUCCAAAAUGUGGUUCAGGAAUAUGAAAGAGCAGUUGAACGAGAAAAGAAGCGUUAUACCUUGCUUUUGGAGAAAGUGAAAUAUCUAGAGAAGGAGCGAAAAGAGCUCCAUCAAACGUUGAAGGAAACUAGAGAAAUGAAAUCCAAACUGGAGUGCCAAAUAAUGGAGAAGGAAACUGAUCUUAAUAGCCUCAAGUUCAGUAUGAAACAAGAGGAAGAGAAACGGAAAACUGCAGAAAUGUUGUAUGAAAAGAGCCGUGAACAACUUCAGAAAAAGGAAUUCCAGUACUGUGAAGAAAAGCAAGCAAAACAUGAAUCAGAACUGAUGAUAAGAAACCUGGAGAUAGAAAGGGACACAUUGAUCACCAAUCUGCAAAAGCUGAAUGAAGAACAAAAAGAGUUGCAGAGCCAAUUCAACCAGGAGCGAGCAAGACAUAAAGAAAUUCUGAACGGUUACCUGCACAAACAGCAGGAGAUAGAAAUAGAAGAUAACAUGGCUCUACAAAAUAUAGAGCCUCUUGCUCAAUGCGAUAAUCAUCAUGAAAAAGCAGUGAUGGAACAGAAUCGUGCACUGCAGGAUGAAGUUACUGUGCUCAAACGUGAAUUGCAUUGUUUACGUGAACGGAAUCAAGAGGAACAGGAAAAAUAUAUGGAACAGGUUGAAACAUUAAAAGUAAAGCUAGAAGAUGCAAAAAAGGAUUUAAGGUUAAAUGAAGAUACUCUAACUCAAACAGCUUUGCAGUAUAAUGGUCAACUGAAUGCCAUAAAAACUGAAGUUUCAAUGCUGACUUCCAAACUUGAACUUGAGAAACAAAACAAAGAUUAUCAAGAGACUGAGAAGGAAGCUAUUCUUUCACGUUUGAACGUAACACUUCAAGAAUUAGAACGUAGUCAGAUAGCUAAAUGUGAAUUUGAACGAAUUCUUCAAAGGGAACGUGAUGAAUGGGUCCAUUCAAACGAAAAAAGAAGCAAUGAAAUUUCUAAUCUUCGUGAGACCAAUAACAACAUGUCACAGAGAUUAAGUAAAGAGGAGGAGAAGUCCAAUGAUCUAGACAAGAAACUUCAUCGUGCAAAACUUUCUCUUGCUGAGAAAAACCUUGCGCUAGAAAGUGUUCAGAGAGACCUGAAGCAAUCUCAGGAUCAUAUAACAGAUCUAGAACAAACAAAUAAAUUGCAAAAAGAACAGAUAAGCAAAUAUGAAGUUCGUCAGGUAUCUUUACAGGAGAGAUUGGCCCAAGCCCAUAGCGAAAUUACGCUGUUACAUCAACAGCUUGAAGAUGCGCAAAACAAAGGUAUCAUGAAGGAAAAGGUAGUCGCUGAUGUUCAGGACAGAUUCAACAAUAUGUUUGCUACACUUCGAGGUGAUAGUGAGCACCGGUUAAGUUUGAUGGAAAAAAGAAAUGAGGAGUUGUUGAGCAAGAACAUUGAACAAAGAGAACAAAUAUGCAAAUUUGAAAAUGAAAAAAAUGUAAGAGAGGCUACAUUGAGGCAGCUUCAACAGGAUCUCGCCGAUUCACUGAAAAAACUUUCUAUGUCAGAGGCCUCUUUGGAAGUGAUCACACGGUCUCGCAAUGAAAUGGAGGAUGAGAAAACACAUAUACAGAAGCAAUUACUCAAAUUGAAAGUUAAGUUACAGGAGACCCAAGACAAAAACAUGCACUCAGAGAGGAAAAUCCAGCAAUUGGAAAAUGUUUUGGAAGAUAAAGAACGUGAUCUGUUUGCAACUUCCCAGAAAAUUCAAGAAGCUUUUUCGACCUCUUCACAAAGGAACGAGGCUACAAAGCAACUCGAAGAACAAAUUCAACGAUUAGAGAUAGAGAAUGCAAAAUUAGAAGCUGUUGCAAAACAGCAGACAAACAAAUCUGAGUUGAUGGAGAAGGAACUUAAAGAGACUGAGUCAGUACGUGCUCGUCUGGAAGACUUGAUAACAAGUUUGCAAGGGGUAAAGGUUAACUUGGAGGAUCAACUCGGUCAAGAGCUACAAAAGCAAGUGAUAUUGUCACAAAAUGCAAAAGAUUCACAUCAACUGUGGGAGGAAGAACUGAAAUCUCGAUCCAAGCUUGGGCUUCGACUUAUUCAGUUGGAUAAAGAAAAGAAUGACCUAUCAGACCAGGUUGACAUAGAAAAGAAAAAAGUAAAGAAGCUUGUAAGGAUUAAGCAAUCGGUUGAAACUAGACUGGCUUAUGAAAUAGAAAGAAACAAUGAACUCCAAAAAGAAUUAAACCGAAUGAGAACACUGGUGAAGACUGCCAAAAAGAAGCUGAAACAAAAUGAAACUGAACAGGUUGUCUCCCAGAUCAAUGGUAUUCAAGAACUGGAUCAUGAGCACUCUGAAACAGGGGUCACUAUUAGCAGACUAAAGAGCAAGACUGAUGAAUUGUCCAAGCAACUUGAAGUAGAAUCUGCAAAGCGCAAGUGUUUGGAAUCAACCAAUCAAGAACUUUCUGAACAGAUCAGAGCAAUGCAGUUUCUACAAAAGAAUCAUGAUCAACUGGAGAAAAGGAAACAGCAACUAGAGGACGAACUAUUGCAUCUGAAAAAUCAGGUUGAAACGCAAAAGAAAGACUGCAAUCACUUAGAAAACUACAAGAGAAAAACAGAGGAACAAGCUCGUAAGGAAAUAAAGCAGAAACUGGAAGAAGUUAAUGCAUUCUUUAAGGCUCAUCAUGCCUCUAGAGAAACUUUGGAUGAAUUGAAAGCUUCAAAUGAGCUUUCAUCCAGAAAAGAAUUGGAACAGAAAAACAGAGACCUAGAAUUGGAGCUGAGUAAGCUUAGAUCUUCACAAGAAGACAGCCUGAAUCUUAAAGAAUCUGCACAGAAGGAAAUUGAAAGAUAUAAGGAAUUAUAUUCAGAAGAAUUAAAACUACGUAAAUCCAUUGCAGCCAAGCUUGAUAGAUCAAAUGAGAGGUUAGCAGAAGCCAAUACUAAGCUGCUUAAAGAACGCUUUCAUUCAAAAUCCUUGAUUGCGGAUAGCAUUGAAAAUAAAGGUUUAACCACAACCCCUGCUCUGAAUGAGAGUCAUCUGCAAAAUAUAUUGGGUAAUGGCAGUGACCUGGGAACUUCCAACCGAGAUCUGGGAAGUAAUUUAAAUCCAGCAGAGGAUGGAUUGCCACCUAACAAAAGAGUAGUGUUGUACCUCUUUAAGAUGCAGGAUGAAUUGCAGAAAAGUAUUACCAAAGAGCUUGCUCAAGCCAAUGCCGAUUUGGAUAGUGUAUGUUCUCGUAUCUCACCUCUAGGAUCUGCUACUUGCUCCCUGGCAAGCACAAACCAAGUUCAGGAUCCUGUAACUACAGCCACAGAACAAUACCUGGAGGUUCUAAAGAAAAAUUACAUGAUUUGAAUUGUACUGUACAUUAAAAAUAUUCAGAAUUACAUAUGUAUUUAUCCAAAUAAUUUGUUAGUACAUACAAUCCAUAAGGUGGGUAAUUGAUUACAAGUUUUAUAUUUCUGCAAAUAUUUUUGCUCAGGAAUAUUUAUGUAAAGUUACUGUACAGGAUCUAUUUUUAUUGUUGCAGCUGACACAUGGCCAAUACUGACAGAAGUGUCUCUUAAAACUGUUAACAUUUCAUUGUCUGAAUAAGUAUGGAAAUUAACCAGGUAAAAACAUUUUAUCAAAGUGCAACUUAAUCACAAGUUGUUUCGAAACUGACUUUGUAAAUACCUUGGUAAAAUUGUCAUAUGCUGUGAUGUUCAUUCCCUUGUCACAGUAUUUAUUCUAUGCUGGUAUAUCUUGUGAAAUAGCGCCAUGGUUUUAAGGACUUGUACAGUGCAAUGCCUCUCUGUUAUAUGUACCAAAACAAGUUUUCACAGUAAAUAUAUCUACUUGUAAGAUACACUAAAGGAAUUUCUUGCAUGAAGUUUAAUUUCAUGAACAAGUAUUACCAAACAAUAAUACUAUAAACAAGGCAGACUCUCUAACUAUUUUUAACCCCAUCUCCUUAUAAGUUUGGGUCUUUAAAUGCAGCCUCCAGUCAGUCAAGUAAAAUAAGUAUCGUCAUCAACUGGACCCCAGGAUUUUCCAUAGAUUUUCAUGUGAUGCUUUGCUUAUUCUGUUCUAAAAGCUUGUAUGUAUCAUUCCAUUAUUUCUGACCCUUAUAAUAUUUUGACAAGAAGAAUGAUCUACAGAAUUAAGGGGCUCAAUUAGCAAAAUUAAACAAGUUUAAUUAAAUUCACCAGUUAUAAUACUAAUGGAUCUAUGGAAACACUCAGCAAAUUCCAUGAAAUAAUGGCAUUUCCAUUUUAUUGAUGACUGUAUGGAGAAUUUUUAAAUUCAGAGUUUUUGUUUACAUCCAUCCACUGAGCCCAACAAAGUAGAGGCAGCAUUAUUUAGAUUGUCACCUACUGGAAUUCCUGCUUCCAGUAAAUUGGUGCUUCAAAGAUGCAGCUGGCUGCAGUGGGCAUACCUACCUUAGAAGAGAUGACUCCUUUAUGAAAGGGUUGCUUUAUAAAGGUUUCAGACACACCCAUCAGCAAAGAGUAUUUCUCUCCUUUGUUAACCCAUCCAUACCAGUAAUAGCUUGGGUGUUACCCCUAGUAUUUCCAUAUCCUGGGAAUUCUGACAAUGAGUCAUAACUACCCAACACAGCAUCUAUCUCUAUAAUUACUAAAAUGUUGAAACAAUAUUGAUUGAGAGGUUUGUGUUGUGUUAACAAAAAAAAUAAAUUCUUUGG